ACCUCCUGCUUGCUGCACCGUUCCGGCCGGAGCACAGCGUGUGACACCCGGCCAAAGAUGGCAGCGGUGGCGGUUGCACGGCAACGGGAGUGAGGGCGGCGGGAGCGGGAUGUUGCUGGUGGAUUACAGCAGCAGCGAGGAGGAGGAGGAGGAACAACCGCCGCCGCCACAGCCGCGGCCGGGGGUCCAGGAGGACGGCGGGGCUGCCGCCAGCGGACCGAGAGUGAAAGCCCAGCGACUGCCUGUACCGGAGAGUGUGAUGGGGAUGUUCAAGCAGUUGGAGGAGCAUGUGGACGAUAGCAGUAGACACGAUGGUCGAAUCCGCAGCUUUCCGCACCAACGAGGGAACUGGUCAACACUUGUGUACUUAGAAUAUUAUCCUGAAGAGGAGUUUCUGGAACUUAUUGAUCUAUUACUGACACACCUGCAAACACACGGGCUGCCUAUGACUAAGAUAACGGAGUUCCAUAUAAGUCUAUCGCAUACUGUGGUGCUGCGCCAUCACUGGAUAAACAUUUUUGCGGAGUCCUUAAAGGAAAGGAUGACCUUUUUUGACAGGUUUUACUGCCUUUCAGACAAAGUGAAGAUCUACUCUAAUCAAGAGAAGACGAGGACCUUCCUUGGUCUAGAGGUUUCAGCUGGUAGCAACUAUCUUCUGGAACUGGUCAAAGAGGUGGAUAAAUCCCUGGAGGAGUUCAGUCUGGAAACCUAUUAUAAGAACCCUUCCUUUCACAUUAGUGUGGCUUGGUGCUUGGGGGAUGCUACUACUGAACUUGAGAAACACCAGCAGGAGUUACAGAAUGUGGUGAAUAGAUUUGAAAACGGUGCCAGAAUCCUUCAAAUGUAUGCAGAUCAAGUGCGAUGCAGAACAGGAAACAAGAUUUUCUCCUUUCCCCUGCGGUAGCAACUUGUGCAAUCUCUUUGAGGGCACAAUGAUAAGGUAGAACUGGACAGCUGGCUGAAACAGAAUUAUGACAGCAUGCUCGGAAAACGGCCCUAUUCUUUUCCAGCUAGCUGCUCCGGUUAUGUAACAACGAUGUCACCUCUUACCUGUCAUGGAUCAUGCGUAAUGUCUAGUUCAUCAGUGUAUGAACUAGUGCUUUGAGAAAAUAAAGACCACUGCACUUUUAAAUGGAGCAAAAA